AGUUAUGUUGAGAUUUGCACAGCAUGACCUUCACCGUUCGUGAUAUUUUUUAUGUUCUUUUCAUAAGUUGAUGAGUUUAAAAACAAGCGAUAUAUCUACUUUUGUAAAGAACAAUACUUUCUUUGAAUACGGUGGUCUGGUGUGGUCACCUGUGGUAAUGACCAGUAGCAACCAUGACAACCGCAUUUUAAAAGAAUCUUGGCUUAUUUCACACGAGCUACAGUGUUGGUCUUAUUGAUAUUUGUCGCUGUUUUAUGUUUGUUUCCGUGCUCCGCUCGCUGUAUUUUUCGCAACUUUUAUAGAAGACAAAAGUGUUGACGCAACUUUUAGCUUUCAUAUGCUUCAAAUGAACUAUAAAUUAAAGAAUUGUCUUUCCUUUAACUGUUACCUCCAUUUGAUGUUGUAUAGAAAAUUGUUAAUUUCCAUGAAAAAAAUUGUGAAAUUCGUUAGUGGACAAUGUUUUUAUAGAUGUCUUGGGUUUGCUAUAUUUACGUCGCUGUUUCUGUGGAAAUUUAUCAUAGCUCAAUUACCGAUGGUUGAACAAUAUCGUCCUUUCUUUUAUUGCACGUCGUGUGAAGGUAAAUUUCGUAAAAGUUUGUAUAUUGCUGUGGAAAUGGUGAACCCAGCAUUUGCUUGGCAAGAAGUCGUACUUCAUGUGAUGCCCGCCAAAAGACACGACGGCAUUCAAGUCGGUCGUUCGACAUUCUGGGCGCGAGCUGUCCACAAAUUAGAAAUAAUUGCAUUAGACAUCAGUCACGUGGGUAGUGACGUCUACAGAGCCUCUUUUACACCGACGUUUGCUGGCCUGUACACAGUGGACAUAAUGUUGACCUAUAUUAAUGGCGAACAGUUUGAACAUUUUUCACGUCACGUAAGGGCCAGAUACAUCAACGUAUCUGGCUCUCCUUUCCAGGUCUUUGUGUGGGAUCGAGUACAAGAUAGAAACAUUACGCGCUACUGUACACAGCUGGAAAGCGGAACAGAGAAGGGUAGAUGGGUGAAAUGUGGUUCUAUUAAGGGUAUUGAUCGUUGUGGUUUUUGGCAGUUUGAUGCAAGAUACGAUUUCGACUACCUUCAUGGUUUUUUUUGGCUACCAUAUUCUUGCCAACUUCAUCGUUACACUGAUUUUAAUAUGAAUUGUCUUUUGAAAAACGAUUGGAAAAGAAUAGUUUUUACCGGUGACUCACAUUCAAGAUUUCGCACUUAUCAUUGGGUCACACGUCUUCACGGCACAUGCCCGAACUGCAGUAAGAAUCAAAUCAAGACCAUUUUCAAUGACGUGCCCCGAGUAGAGUGGAUGUUUGACGCACGUGGUACACGAUGGCCAGCCACGUUUCCCAUGUUCAUCAGAAGGCCAAACGAAAUUUAUGUUGAAUCUAGAACUAGGCGCUCUGUGUUUUCAUACGAACUUCCCUAUUCUAUUUUGGAAGGCGACUUGUAUAUUAUGAAUUUCGGACAUUGGAUCCUUCGUGAAAUGACAUUUAACAAUUUCAUAAGAGCCAAAAUUACGUCUUUCAUAGAAGCCAUUCAAAAAAUGAACCAAACUCUCUAUUCGAGUGAGAAGCUGGAGAAUUCCCACGUGACAAAGACGUCAAAAAAGCGGUUUUUGUGGGUGAACAAUUUGAGUUUAAAAUGGCGCGAAGAUCAUCAAGUUAUUAAGUGGACAAUGACGCCAGCACCAUCUACAACAAGUUAUUUGAAUUCGAUCCUUGACAAUGCAAUGAAAGAUGUAGGUAUUCAGGUAGUUGAUGCUUUUCAAAUAUCGAACCCGCGCCUGAGUGCUGUCCAUGACGCUACACAUUAUGCCAAAGUAUUUCCCGACAGUCUCUGCGGUGGCUCGGUUGAACAUGAAGUUACAAAUGUGAUAAUAAACGCUUUGUGUAACGAAGAGUGAUUUUAAAAGUGUUUUUGUUUUAAUAUUAACUUAGUAAAUCAUACCUAAUUGUUUAUUUUAUUAAAUAGACUCCUAGAAUCAUCUAGUUGUUGUAAAUUUCUUAAACUAUGUCUAUUUACAUUAACAAAUAUAUUAAUUACAUGACAAAUA